AUGUCAAAGGAAAGUUCUGAUACUCUUGCAGCGCUGAUUGAGAACAAGUUUCUUCAUAUUUUUGGCAGAGAAUUUGUUGAAGCCGUUAAGUUUGCCAUGGGAAUGUGUAAAUAUAAUUUUUUGCCGAAGUUUGAGCAAUUGCAAGCGAUCUAUUACCUGUCUCGCGGUAAAGAUGUAUUCGUUCAUCUGAGAACUGGUUUCGGAAAGUCGCUGAUUUACACGCUCUUUCCAUAUGUUUGCGAUGCUCUGCGAUCGUCACCAAACAACGAUUGCCGUUCAUCUAUCGUCGUUUUGAUUUCACCACUAAUUUCCCUCAUGGAUGAUCAGAUGGCUAAAAUGGCCGAACGAGGAAUACAUAGCGUCAAGCUCACCGAUCUUAAAGACCGACAAGUUGAGGACCUUCGACGUGGAAAAUCGAACAUCAAAAUCGCUUUGUUAUCCCCUGAGGCAUUUACCAGUUUGACUGUAAGGGAGACUCUGAGGGAACUGAAAGAGCAUAUUGUUUGUGUGGCAAUUGAUGAGGCACAUUGUGUACUACAACGGUAG